AUGAAAGAAUAACCAUCUUAAGUAUCAUCUAGAAAUUCACUUGAACUUAUGUCCUAGAAAGCCAAUUAAGGAGCUUUAGACCAUUACUUAAACGUCGAGGGUUAAAUUAAUUAUAAACAGCUUUGCCCUUGUAUGCAUAAAUGCCUCUGCAUUCUAUGGUAUCUGAACUCUAGCCGAAAAUAACAAGCAAGCUAAAAAAAAUCAAUCGAUUUAACAAGAUUUAGAGCUGAAAUAAACGUUAAGGAGAAUACUUUUAUUCUUCAUUGUAUGGAAAAUUCUCAAACAAUUGUAAUAAAAGUUAAUUAACAAAACAAUAAAGACUCAUAACUACUUGGAUGCCAUCUUGAGAAAUACUGCAUAAUAACUUCACCUAAUUUUAAUGAAACGUAUACCCUAGGAGAAUAUGUAUGCAAAGGAUCAUAGGCAAAAAUAUAUAAAUGUGAUAAAAUUUAAACUUGCUAAGGAGAGGAAUCCCAGACAAAAUCUCACAAAGUAGGCACUCCGGGCUACAUUGCGCCUGAGGUCUUCUAAACUCAUGAAUAUGAUAAUAAAGUUGACGUAUUUAGUAUUGGGUGCAUAUUCUACCUUAUGCUAUAUGGCAAAAACCUCGUUGAUGCUUGGAAUAUUGAUAACCUUAUCAAGAUGAAUAAAGUUAUGAAUCCUGGAAAGAUAAUAGACUGCCAAUUCAAAGUGAUUCCUGAGGCAUGUAAGAAUUUACUCAAGUUACUUGUUCAUAAGGAUCCUUAAUAGAGAGUCACAGCCUAAGAUGCAUUAAUGGAUGAAUGGUUCUUACCGUUUAAAAAUGAGAUCAUCAAAGCACUUUUUCUCAACAUGCUUGCAUCUCAACCAAAUUAAAGCGAUAAUGACAGGUCAUCUCUAAACCUUAAAAAUAAAUGCUUUACACCUAAACAAAUGUGA